UCUGUAUGGGUUGUUCUUCAUAAGUGUAGUCAUCACUUAGCACUACACGGGUAGGCUCAAUCACAUGGAAGGGAUCCCGAAGGUAUUCUCUCAACAUUGAAAUAUGGAACACGUUAUGGUUCAGAAGAGAGCUGUCAGAGCACUACCACCAGAACCAAAUCCACUAACAGAAGACCAAGAGAUGGCUAAGAAGAGAGCUGUCAGAGCACUUAUCACCGAAACAAUGGCUUCAGCCAUAGAUGACCAGACCGAGAUACCACAAGCUGGCCAAACACAUGAGGCCGUGGUAGCCCUUUCAACAGCCCGGGCCUCAUCAUCUCGGCCAAGUAAGCGUGCUCGCACUUCCUCAACCAAGCCACGCCUUGUUGACGAAGAAGACCCCAUACUUCCCCAAAACAUGCCACCGAGCCCAGAACUCGAGCGUUCUGACGGGGCUAGCCCUUCUGAAUGGGCCCCAAAGAUAACAUACAAGAACUGGCCUGUUUCCAGCACCGAUUCGGUGGUAGCAGACAAGGACCACUUGCUCGCUUUCAAUCUCGCCAAAAGUGUGUGUCUACCUGCCGACAUGGAGCACCACGAUCACCUCACCGAGCUGAAGGCCAUCCGUUCGGCCACUAAGUCAAUGGUGCUGGCCAUGCAAAAGAAUCACAUCACUCACAAGCGAGUUUUGAAGUUUCGCAAGACAGCACAGCUGGCCGUGGCCGAUGCCAACUCCAGGACAGCCGAGCUACAAGAAGCGAAGAAAAAAAUGACCAGGCUCACUACUGAAGUCGCCCGACUCACCGAGCUAGUCAAUUCGGCAGAGGGGGACAAGCAAAAGGCCUUGGCCGAGCUGAAAGACCAUUAUUUGCGUGAGCUGGCUAAGAUCGAGAAGAAAAAAGGCGCCAAGAUAGCCGAACUGGAGAAGAAGAUGGAAGGCGCGGAGGACCGCGGUUACAAGGAAGGUGAAGCCACCUACAUCCUGCAGUGCGAAGCUGCCAUGGAUAUAUUUUUCAAGUGUGGAUGGAAGGUGGCUGUGGCGAAGCUCGAUCAUGGCCAAGAGACUGAGGUCUUCCAGAACCCUCCUCCACAUUUCAUACCGAGCUACAUGACGGAGUAUGCCAAUGCUAUUCAGCAAAAUUUUCUUGAAGUUGAAGAGGAAGAGGCAUCCCCAGAACCGAACAACACCCCAGUCGUUGCCAAUGAUCCUAGCUUUCAAACUGCCCAGUCAGCUCGGGUGGAGCCAUUGGUGCCCAUUGUAGUUGAUGAUGUGGUAGGGACCGACCUACCCGCCAAUGCCGGGCUACCAGUUGGUGAAGCUCGGGUUGACUUGGAUGCUGAUUUGGAUGACCUUUUUGCGUGAUCAUGUAUUUUCUUUUCUUCAGAUGCUAACUGUAAGAAAUUUGUAACCAGGCUGAGGCCCCACCUUUUGUACCUUUGAAUUGAAUUUUGAAUGAAAUCUUCUUCUUUUUGUUCGGUCUGUUCCAUACCUGCACUUAUUUUCUACUUUGAUUAGCAUGAAGUAUAACAUUUUUUGGCCGAAAUAUCUAUCUCGGUCUUAACUUUGUAAUCUAUUUGGUCAUGCCUGCCAACCUCUUUAGCCUAGAUCCUUAUCUCGGCUGAAGAGUACUCAACGUUGGUUAUUCCAGCCAACCACUCUUUAGCUUAGAUCCUUAUCUCGGCUAAAGAGUACUAAAAGUUGGUUAUUCCAGCCAACCACUUUUCAGGCUAGAUCCUGAUCUUGGCUGAAGAGAGAUAAGUGUUGGUUUUUCCAGCCAACCUCUUCAGUCCAGAUCCUUAUCCCGAUUGAAGAGAGCUCAGUGUUAGUUAUUCCGGCCAACCUAGAGCCAAGUGUUUGGUUAUUCCUGCCAAACUUCUUUAGCCUAGAUCCUGAUCUUGGCUGAAGAGAGCUUAAAGUUGGUU